UUCUCGGUGGUUCCGGAUUCUCCGCAUCAACGUGUCUCGAAACUCCAGCAGGACCAACGGGAUGAGCCUGGCCACCAUCCGAUGGAUCCUGCUGCUGCUGCUCCUGGAUACAGAGUGCGUCCGAGCCAAGCCUCGACAGAUCAAACCAGGAUGCAGGUACGAGGGUCGUAGAUAUCAAGAGGGUACGUCCGUGAUCACGUCCGAGCCCUGCUUGCAGUGCAGAUGCACGGAGGGUGCGCUCAGAUGUCGUCUUCGAGUUUGUCCACGAUUACCAAACCCACCACCCCCUGGAUGUCGCGUUCGUUCACCAGGAGAGAACGUUUGCUGUGCCGAGUUGGUUUGCGGAGAAUCGCGCGACUCUGUAAACGCGUUACGAAGAUCCAACGUUCACGUGGAACAAGAAAACCUGAACGAGGAGGAACUGCUGCAGAAUCCUCAUUCUCAAGGUUGCCUGCACGAGGGCGUGAGAUACGGGCCGGGUUCAGCGAUGAUGGGCUCACGUAGAUGCGAGUAUUGCUACUGCAUCUCUGGCGCGAGAAGAUGCAUCAGACCGAAGUGCCUGCUGCCCCUGCCAGGAUGCACUCCGCUUUAUGCCCCUCACUCUUGUUGCCCUGUUUCGUACAAUUGCACCCAUACGCUGUCCUCCACUGUCGCACCCAUCAUCGGAAAUGGAUGUCGCGUGGGGUCAAAAGUGUACGAGGAAGGUGAAAUGGUGAGGGACAUCGAAUGGAAGGCAGCCUGCGACAAUUGUUUCUGCGCCAUGGGUGCAGUGCGUUGCGUUCCGCUUGCAUGCGCGCCUCCUCUUCAAGGCUGCAGCCCGAUCGUACGCGAAGGACACUGUUGUCCGUCAACCUACAAUUGCAGCGGUAGCAUCGAGGUUAAGGCCACCCAGAACUACGCCUCGUACGCGUUCAUCAGCAAGGACUACGCCAAGUUCCGCAAGGAGACCAAUUUCUUUCCGUCGGUCGAUCAAAUAACGAAUCCUCCGGUGGAAGGACGAGGUCAUCGAGUGGUCGAAGAACGAAUCGAUUCCAGCACGAGGCAAGUGGACGAGGAAUCUUCGAUCGCGAUCGAUUCAACGUCCUCUUGGCCUUCCACGUUCGAGACCGAUCUGAUGGACAAUGAGAUUCUGGAGACCGUGGACUACGUUAAGUCUAGUCCACAAAUUGUCACUACCACACAGUCUUCCUCUGAAGAGUGGACGACAAGCGUGGAAUCGACGACCCUGGAGGCGACUUUAUCCAGCAAAGAGGACGAUCUCGCGAACGACUCGUCGACGACUUUCUCGUCGAGCACCGUCGACGAGUCAACGAUCACAACGACCGAGAGUCUGUCGUCCGUCGACGACACGACGACGGAAUCGACAACCCUGUUACCGGAAGCGAGCGGAAACGAUACCGUGACAGAAGAGGAGAAGAAAAUCGACGUCACCGUAAGGAACGAGAAUACGACACAGUCGAGCUCCACGAACGUCGAACUUGAACAGGAUCCUCAACUCGUCAAUUUGACGGUGGAUCCGGUGGUUACUACAGAGUCAAUGGGCAAAGGAGGAUCCGUCAGCAAAACGUCAUCCACCGUGCUAAUGCCGGACGACAUUUUGGUGAUGAACGUGACUGUGAAAACGAACGUCUCGGUGGGUCACAUCCAGGGUGUCACGAUAAACCCUGUUAGGUCGAUUCCGCCGGACGUCGAGGCCAUACUGAACAUCACUCAUAGACAGAAGGGCGAGGAAUACGAUUACGAUUACAGCGAGCCAACGUUGCCGCCAUCUUUACCGAAUGUCAGGAUAAUUCCGUUCGUAGCGGCGGACGCUCUGGUGAAAGACAAGACGGUUCCGUCGCCUGUCACAGGAUAUCCGGCCGGAUCGGUGGUGGUGCCGUCGCCGGAACUGCGGCCCACCGACACAUCAGGCUUUUACGACAUCGCCACUCAGGAAAACAGAUUCAGCCCCCCUGUAGAGACGGAAGGUGGAUUUGUACCGAGAGAGCCACCCUACUUCGACGCCCCUUACCACUCCACCGACUUGAACCUCGAAAUUGGCACCGGGGUCACGGUAGUUCCAGCACCGAUCACCAACCCCCAUCGUAAAAACGACGCCACACACUGUCUAUUCGAGAACAUGGAAUACCGUCAUGGGGAGAUUCUGCCAAGCAGCAACAUCUGCGUAAUUUGCAUGUGUUACUAUGGCGAGGUGGUGUGUUCCACGGAGAAAUGUCCUCUACUGAAGAUUGGCUGUCGAAGAAUCAACACGGAGGAAACUUGUUGCGGGAAAAUUGUUUGUGUGGAAGCCAAAGAGUCUCCAACACUGGUGUUAGAUCGUGCGGACGCGACGGCUCCAUCGCUCCAUCAGCCUAUCGUAUCACCAGAUCCGUUCCGUGACGUGAUCAAGACGGAGCCAGCCCCGGAUUUGCCGUCCCUGAUCGAGGACAUGAUCCCGUACCUGGUGGAGCACGGGAUUACCACCCCCGGCACGACCACCUUGAAGCCUUUGCAGAGCCAGGCAACCAAUCACCAACAACACCCUGCGAAUUUCGAUUACAUGGACAAGUUAGCGCUGAUACGUCCGCCCUACAGACCCGAGGAGAGUGUCGACAGUCUGGUCGCCAAGAACAAGUUCGCCGUCAAUCAAGAUAGCCAACUGAACGACGGAGUCGUGUCGGCUUACAACUCGAAGGAAGAUCAGAGGAACCACGUUUCGGAACCUCCGUUCGAUAAAAUUAGCUCGACGCUGAAUCACAACGCGAAGAAACAGGAGGAUUCCGGUUACAACGUCACGGAACCCACUUUUGCGAAAUUGAACGCUUCCAGAAGAAACGACAGCGUCGAGGACUCGACGACCAGGGUUCGGUCUACCACAAAACCUUCGCAGGACCUGGAGGAACCCAUACUCUCUUUUGAUAGUGUACUGGAUCUGCUGUUCUCUUCGGACGCGGUGAAUAACAACCCCAUUAUCGAAAAUACGAGGAUGCCAGAGUCGACCACAACCAGCAGGCCAACCACGAAGCUGAAAAGCUCUUCUGAACCAGCGAAGAGCACGGGACAACCUGUCACGGACGCUGCGACUGCCUCGAAGGUCCUGGAGAAUGAGAUUCCUGUUUCUGUGUCGAGUUUACUGAAAUUGGCAGGAUGUAACAUUUAUGGUAGGAUGUACCGCGUUGGAAGGAUCAUCACCGAGCUAUCUGGACCCUGUCUAGAGUGCAGGUGCACCGAGAUCGGGGUUCAAUGCAAGCAGCUGCAGUGUUGAUCGAUGGUCGGUUGUUGGAAGGCUGUUUCCAGUGCGAUUCGGUUCGUUUGAAUUUGCAGAUUUGUCGUGUUAGAAAAGUACAAAGGUUUUGUACUUAUUAGAUUUUGUACUAAAUUAAGCUUUUUGUGUCACACUUUGGGCUGAGUACAUGUUUGGUCAUCGACUACCCUCAGCAACAACUUAACUAACCUUGAAGGAUGACGUUAAAUUUGUCCUUUGAUGAAUUGAUCAGUCACAGAAAAAUGAGAUGUUUCGAAUAUUAAAUAAAAAAAGAAUCUGAUUCUCGUCGAACCCGAAUCAUAGCUCUCUGUUUCGUUUUACGAGUAGAUUGUUCAAAAAACAGUGCCACGAUCGCUGAAAAAUUUCGAGUAUCAGGGAAUACUUCAUAGCCAUAAUUUGGAGUCGAGCUUUCAAUUAUCACGUUCCCUGCGGCGGGAUCCUGCGAUCUCAAUUACGGAACUUCCGACUCGCGUGUUAUAGUCGCGAGGAGCAAAGAAUGUAACAUUUCAUCCUCUUAUCAUGCCAGCGAAUCCUUCCUCUCAAUUAUCGUCCAAUUUACGUAGUUGAAUUUUAUCUUGCUAUUUAUUACUUUAUUUCGUGAAAAUGUUUUUAGUUAGCUGCUUUUUCGAAGAUCAAUGGUGGUUUAAGUGACUUUUCAACUUUAACCAUCGAUCAUUCAAACAAUGUUCAGUCUCAUUAACUACUUUAGGAUCAUAGUUGGACUGUUCAU